AGCCCUCGCCGGCCAACCUUCUCCACCCGGGACUCGGGCAGCGGCCCCGCCACCGAGCGUCCAUCUGCGCUUGGGACCCAGCGAGGGAGCUCUCGGGGCCCCGGCCGCGAGCUCCUCCGGGAUGCGAGUCCCUGCACGGACGCCCGGCAGGGGCGGGGACCCACGCGGCUGCUCCGGGCGCACCGGGAUGCUGCUGUUCCGGGGGCCCCGGCGCCCGGCUGCGGCCAGCCCCGCGGACCCCUGAGGCCACUGCCCGGAGCGCGCCGCUGCGGGGCUCCCCGAGCGGUCCGAGGCGCCCUUCCCAGCCGCCGCACCUCUAGCGGUCCUCCCUGGCUGGGACCCAUGGAGCCCGGGGUGCUGGCCCCGCACAGCCUUCCGCACCACGAGCCAAUCAGCUUUGGCAUCGAUCAGAUCCUGAGCGGCCCUGAACCCCUGGGAGGAGGCGUAGGCCCGGGUCGCGCGGGCCAGAGCCAAGGGGAGAGUGCGGCAUUCUCGGGUGGAUUCCACGGAGCCUCGGGCUAUGGACCCGCAGGCUCCCUGGCCCCGCUGCCCAGCACCUCCGGAGUGGGCCCGGGCGGCGUGAUCCGCGUCCCGGCUCAUCGCCCGCUGCCGGUGCCGCCGCCCGCGGGAGGCGCCCCCGCGGUCCCUGGGCCCUCGGGUUUGGGCGGCGCCGGGGGCCUAGCGGGACUCACCUUCCCUUGGAUGGACAGCGGCCGCCGCUUUGCCAAGGACCGGCUCACGGCUGCGCUCUCGCCCUUCUCUGGGACGCGCCGCAUAGGCCACCCGUACCAAAACCGCACACCCCCGAAGCGGAAGAAGCCGCGCACGUCCUUUUCCCGCUCGCAGGUGCUGGAGCUGGAGCGGCGCUUCCUGCGCCAGAAGUACCUAGCCUCGGCCGAGAGGGCGGCGCUGGCCAAGGCCUUGCGCAUGACAGACGCACAGGUCAAGACCUGGUUCCAGAACCGACGCACCAAGUGGCGGCGCCAGACGGCAGAAGAGCGCGAGGCCGAGCGGCACCGUGCGGGGAGGCUGCUCUUGCACCUGCAGCAGGACGCGCUCCCGCGGCCGCUGCGGCCGCCGCUGCCCCCAGAUCCGCUCUGCCUGCACAACUCGUCGCUCUUUGCACUGCAGAACCUGCAGCCCUGGGCAGAGGACAACAAAGUGGCUUCCGUGUCCGGGCUGGCCUCGGUGGUGUGAGCUGCGCCUGCCGGAUCGGCGGAGUGCACUCAGCCCGCGGCGGCAGAGCGCACAGCUGCCCACGCACAUGGACUCGUGGCAGCCGAGGUAUGAGGAGCAGCGGGACUUGUGACACCGUCGAGGGCUCCUUGGCCACCAGCGG